GCAUCUAUUCUCCAUAUAUUUUUUCUUGCGUAAUUUUCCACAGUCACAUUCCUCUGUUACUCCGUUUCUAUUGCCCUCUCAAACUUUUACAAUGAGAAUGAAGUUGACAGGCUACACUGACAACAGUGGAAGUGGAGUCACUGGAAAGUUUUCACUCUGUGUGUGAGCUGUGUGACAGAGUUGAACCAGCCCUGUCUUCCAAUUAGGGGGAAGGCCUCUGUGGUCUCUCUCCGCCCAUGUGGGGAGUGAGGCGGAGGAGACAGAGCAGAGAGUUUCAGUGGAGGCAGAAAAUACUUUGAUUUUCGUCCUCGUUUUUUCCUUAAAAAUCGGCCGACAUGAUCACGUCAAAACUUCCCAUCGCUCUAUUUUUGAAACGGAAAUGUUUACCAUCAAGCCUGGUCGCCUCGUUUUAACGCUACUAUGGAUACGUUACGGUGAAAGAAGAAGUUAAAAACUUUACCAUUCUCCGAUCCUCGGAGCGCAGCACAAUGGACUCCAGACAGAGGAAGCGCUCCGGAGGAGGGAGGCUGUGGAGGCUUUGCUUUUAUCUAGCUUGCCUCUCCUGUGCGUCAGCUCAGCUCAGCUAUUCCGUACCGGAGGAACUAAUUCCGGGCUCUGUCGUUGGGAAUAUCGCUAAAGAUUUGAGUCUUUCUGCUCAUGGGAUUGUUCAGAGGAGGUUGCGGGUGGUCUCGGAAUCCACAACGCAGUAUUUUGAGGUAAAGCAGGCGACCGGCGAUUUGGUUAUCAAACAAAUAAUUGACAGGGAGCAAAUGUGCGAAUUAAGUUCUGCAUGUUCACUACACCUUCAAAUAGUUCUGGAGGAUCCUUUAGACAUUCAUCGAGUCGUGGUGGACAUUCUGGAUGUUAAUGACAAUGCACCGCAGUUUUCAACAAGCAACAUUUCUCUGGAGAUAUCGGAGGCGGCUGCUCCAGGCACAAGGUUCCGUUUGGAGAGCGCACACGACCCAGACGUGGGUACCAACUCGUUACGCACUUACCAUCUAGCAGCAAAUGACUUUUUUAUUCUGAAUGUGGAAACUAAAAGUGACGGUAGCAAGUUUCCAGAGCUAAUGGUGAAUAAACCUUUGGACAGGGAGACGCAGGCCUCGUUUCGCCUUUUGCUCACUGCCGUAGAUGGGGGUCAGCCGGAGAGAUCUGGCUCAACACUUAUGCUCAUUAAAGUUUUAGAUGUAAAUGACAAUGCGCCCGUCUUUGACGAGACGGUAAAGAAAGUUAGGCUAUUAGAAAAUGUUGCACGGGGCACUUUAGUUACGAAAUUGAACGCGACUGACGCUGAUUCGGGUAACAACGGAGAAAUAUCUUUCCUGUUUAGUAAAUACACACCGGAACGUGUUGUUAAUCUUUUCAGUGUGGAUUCUAAAAACGGCGAGAUCCGUGUGAAGGGUGAUGUGGAUUAUGAGAUAGCCACUGCAUACCACAUCACAGUGCAGGCCAGAGAUGGUGGCUCUCCCGCUAUGGAGGGCUCCUGUAACGUUGUAGUGGACAUCAUUGAUAUGAAUGACAAUGCACCAGAGGUGACACUGACAUCACUGACCAGUCCUAUCAGAGAGGACUCAGCACCAGAGACUGUUAUAGCGCUCAUAAGUGCACGGGACCUGGACUCUGGUGUGAAUGGGGAGGUUACACUAACUGUCCAACCAGGUUUGCCAUUCAAACUUAACUCAGCUUUUGGCAGGCAUUACAGCCUCACUACUGCUGGAAUCCUCGACCGUGAGAUUGUCCCAGAAUACACAGUGGUCAUCAAGGCCACUGAUGCUGGUUCCCCUCCCCUUUCAUCACAAACCACCUUUAUGGUGAAGCUCUCUGAUGUAAAUGACAAUGCCCCCACUUUCUCUCAGCCUUCAUACUCUGUGGACAUCCCAGAGAACAAUGCUCCCAGUGCCCCCAUUGCUGCUGUUUCAGCCACUGACCCAGACCUUGGUGACAAUGCCCGCAUCUCAUACACCAUCCUUUCCGGCAUGGUCCAGGGCUCACCCAUAUCUUCUUAUGUUUACAUUAAUCCAGAGAGUGGCCAUAUCUACAGCAUGCGCUCAUUGGAUCAUGAACAGCUUAAAGCUUUCCGUAUUGAGGUGCAGGCCCGGGAUGCUGGGGUGCCCCCACGGACAGCCAACGUCACGGUGCAUGUGUUUGUGGUGGAUGUGAAUGACAACAUGCCAGUGAUUGUACACCCUGCCUACCCAAAAGACAAAGGAUUACAGUUCACUGUGCCCCCAUCUGCCAACCCAGGGCAUCUCAUAAAUAAACUUGUAGGGGUGGAUGCAGACAGUGGGCACAAUGCAUGGUUGUUUUACUCCAUCGCCCCUGGACCAAAUGCUGGCAUGUUCCGUAUAGGGGCGCACACCGGUGAGCUCCGCACAGCCCGCAAGUGGGCAGAGGAGGAAGGGGGCUUGACUUAUGACAUAAUGAUCAUCAUUCAGGACAAUGGUGAUCCACCGAAGUCCAGUUCUGUGAACAUUACAGUAACUGUGGAUGAGAAGGGCACAGCCAACGAUGCUCCAGCAAGCCCUCGCCACACACCCUUCUACCACCGCACUGGGAUGUCAGACAUCACUUUGUACCUCAUCAUCUCUCUAGCCUGUGUAUCAGCUGUGUCCUUCAUCACCUUUGUUGUCCUCAUGGUUCGCUGCCUAAGGCACCGUGACCCAGUGCUGGGAGACUCUGACUGCAGCUGCUGCUACGGCCGCCACAGGUCCAGCCGCUACCAUCAGAGGCCAAGCAAGGACCUGCAUCUGCAGCUCAAUACUGAUGGACCCAUACGCUAUAUGGAGGUUGUGGGAGGCCCCCAGGACCCGCACUCACGCACCUACAGGCCCUGCUACUCCACCAUAUCCAGCCGGAGUGACUUUGUAUUUAUGAAGACACCCAUGCUGAGUCAAAACAACACACUCAACAUGACACUCAGCAGGAAGCACCUUAUGAACUCAGCCAAUGAGCAAAAGCCCCCCAACAAUGACUGGCGCUUCACACAGGGACCGAGACCCGGACCUAGUGGGGCAACUGGAGGACCUGAGGUUGCCAUGGGAACUGGCCCCUGGCCCCAACCACCAACCGAGGCUGAGCAGCUCCAGGCCCUGAUGGCUGCAGCCAACGAAGUGAGUGAGGCUACGGCCACCCUGGGACCCGGCACCAUGGGCCUGAGCACCCGCUACAGCCCCCAGUUCACCCUGCAGCACGUGCCCGACUAUCGCCAGAACGUCUACAUCCCUGGUAGCACGGCCACCCUCACCUCCAACCCCCAGCAGCAGCAGGCCACGGCCCAGCAGGCCGCCCAGCAGGCGCUGCCACCACCCCAGGCCUCGGCCCAGCCCGAGCCCCCCAAGGCUGCCCAGACCCCUGCCUCCAAGAAGAAGUCCACCAAGAAGGAGAAGAAGUAGAGUUGGAUGGAGAGAAGUAGAGAAAUAAUAAUCCUGGCCUGAUCUGAUGAGAAAUUCAACCCCCCAUACCCCCCCAUUAGGUAUCUUACUGCUCUGCUGUCACUCAUGUUAGCCACGGUCUAAAUAAUGACAGCAAAUCACUUUUGACCACAUGGACGUUGAAUGGAUGUUGAUGGUUCUUUGAAAGUGUCAUGAAUGUGCUGAAGACUGUUGUUGGUGUUGAUAACCGUGUUGUGCUAAAGGUCUAGUAUUGCUCACAUAAUCUUUGUCGUUAGAUAAUUUUGGCAGGGUAUGGGGGGUUAUUGUGAUGUUUUUGUUUUGUUUUUUGUUUUUUUUGGGGGCAAAAUCAAGAAAACUUGGACAAAGAGAUUCAGUGUAAGGAACCUUGCUUGGACGAUAAGGCUAUACACAGUGAUGUAUUCAGAGAUGAAAUGUUAAUGUCUUUCAUGUUGGAUUUAUUGUGCUCUUUCCCUGAGGUGGAAAGUCAGCUAUUGUAAAGUACGCUAGUUGCCAUCCAUUAGAUUCCUAUAUAGGGUCAGCCUUGCAGGGUCUUAAACCAUAAGUCUUGUGGAUAUAAGGCUGUUGUUUGACAGAUAUUAAAAAAAUAUUCUGCAUGCUCUUUAAGGUUCAAACCACAUAUACUAGUUUAGAGUUGCAAAACUAUGCAUUGCAAAAGCAAAUAGGACAUCCUGAAUCUGUUAUCUUCACUCCAAUCGCAGGUCAAUAUAAUGCACAUGUAGCAUUUUUGACACAAAAUGAGAAUUACUUUUGUAAUCAUAGUUUUAAAAAAUAAGAUUUUAUUCUCCUGAUAUUUUUAUGACCUGAGCAUGCACCCGGAGGAAGGGCUGGCAGAGGGUGUUGUGUCAUGGAGUCACGAGCCAUGCAGGUGGUAUAGCAGCAGGGACUGGCUUCUUGUAUCACACCUCCAGAUGGGCACAAACAUGCCCUGCUGCCCAGCACCCUCUACCCUCCCCUCCACACACCCAUCUUGUGUCCUCCCCUCACUCACUACCCUAUGUUGAGAGCCAAACAAAGAGAAAUGCACUGUUCGUAUUGAUGAAGAUAAGAUGAUGUAGGGGUAGUAAUCACUUUAAAAUGCAUAGAUGUGGUAAACUUACAUGCUUAGGUGUCUCUAGACACUUUGCAGGCCUCUAGGGCCUCGACAGAGUAUUACCCCUCACUAUCCUGAAGUGUUGAAGAAACUUCUUGAUGUGACACAGUAACAUGUUUUUUUUUUUUUUUCUGUAAAAUUUUUAUCUUUGGGAGAUAAUGAUUCGAUAGCAUAGAGGAAUUGUUUGUAAAACAUAUGAAGUCUUUACUUUGCCAUCCAUCUGUCUGUCAGGCCUCUGGCCAGAAACAACUGCAUGAGAAAAGGUAGCUUGCAGGCUGGGUCAGGGGGGUGGAAAGGGUGUGGUGAGGGGUACACAGACUGAGGUGGCAUCAUUACAUCGACCAGGGGGUGGGAAACAACCUUGGCUCUACCCACUGAAUGUACAGAGGAACCACUGUUGACCUGUCCACCCCUUAAACUUUCUUGAAUGCACUGACCCAGGUAGAGGUCAACAGAGCCAAGCACAGCUGUCCCUGUUGGUGAGGAGAUACCACUUGAGAGCCCUUUUAAAUAUCCCUCCUCCAUUGAAAUCAAUGGGAAACCUUAGCCCCUCUACCACUCUCCGAUCCCCUCCACUCCCUGAUCCCUUUGAGGCUCUUUCCCACUGUAAAUAAACACAAGUCCUGUCGAUGGUAUGAGCCAGUUGUUUGUAUAGUAGGGACCACGUCCAACAUUUUCAAAAUAAAAGUCCCUCUCCACAAGGCGUGGCUUACUACUGGAAUGUGUUGCAUUUUGUUUUUCAAGAAAAAUAAGAAAACCACAGUUAAAAAAAAAAAAAAAAAAAA